AAGAAGGCAGUGAAGAACCAGAGAGAGACGACCAGUUCAGGCGUUGCCUUUCCAUAAGGCUUAUCUGGAACUUCCCCAAAGACCAAAAGCCUUUGUGUAUAAGCUACGCAAAACAGUGGAACCCUCUUUGUUUCUCCAUUCCUUAUGACCCAUCCAUUUCUUUUUGUAUAAAUACCGGAACCUAGUUCUCCACAAUCUCUCACUUUUCUUUCUUGUUCAUAUGUUGUUUUACAGUUGAUUCUCAUUGAUCAUGAGCAACGUUCCAAGGUCUUUAACAGACUCCUCUUUAACCCUUUUCAAGCUCGCCAUUUCUGCUUCUGAUCCUUGGCCUUUCUCUCUGGUUUUCUUAUAACCUUAAUUUCGAGAAACCAAAGCUCUCCUGUUUUUAACAAGAACUAUAAGGUUUUUCUUUUCCUUGUUUCUUCUUGCUUAAUUUGGGGGUAGUUUGCUGAAGAAAAAUUAUGGGAAGUGGAGACAAACACCACGUGAAUUUCCACCUUCAUACGCCUCACCUUCACAGCUUUCAUCACCAUGAAAAGAAGGACCUGAACGAUAUUCCAAAGGGGUGUCUGGCAAUCCUGGUAGGUCAAGGGGAGGAGCAACAAAGGUUUGUAAUCCCAGUGAUCUAUAUCAACCACCCACUCUUCAUGCAGCUUUUGAAGGAAGCCGAGGAAGAGUACGGAUUCGAUCAGAAAGGCCCCAUCACCAUCCCUUGCCAUGUAGAGGAGUUCCGCAAUGUUCAAGGCAAGAUCGAUAAAGACCAGCACCAGCACCAUCACCAUCACCAUCACCAUCACCACCACCACAUCUGGUGUUUUAGGGUGUGAAUUUGACCGAUUCUGAAAAGUCAUGUAAAUUUGUUUUUAAGUUUCUCUAGUUUUUAGUUUUUCUUUUCCAUUCUAGCAUUGCAGAGAUCUUGCUUUGUAGAUGAUGGCGACAAAAAAGAAAGAUGAAUGACAAGAUUCUUCUCACAUAAAUUUCAUUAAUUUGAUUUA